AUGGACGUCAAAGAGACAGAAGAGCAGCGACAAAUGCGACGAAUUGCGUUUGUCGCAGUUGUUGUAUCGACUGCGGCUGUUAUUGCGUCAGUCGUAACACUUCCAAUGUUAUACAAUUAUGUGCAAUCAUUCCAGUCUCAUUUGAUGGUUGAAACCGAUUAUUGUAAGGUAUGAACUUUUUUUUUUUUAGAAUAUUUUAAAUUUUAUAUUUUAAAAAACUAUGUGGACUUUUAUAUUUUCUUGUUGAAAACCAACCAAAAAUAUUAUCAUAACUCAAAUAUUUUUAUAUGUUCCAAAAAAUCAAGAAUUUUUGUAGGCUCGUUCUCGUGAUAUGUGGCUUGAGAUGACUGCUCUUCAAGCUGGAAAAGGAAUGGGACACCGUAUGAAGAGAGCUUGGUUGUUCGGACAAUGGAUUCCAGAAACCUCAGCUGGAGGAGGUGGUUCACAAUACGCCCAAGGAGGUGGCGGUGGAGCUGGAAGUUAUGGAGCUGGAGCUUCGGGCGGUGGAAAUUCUGCUGGAUACGGUGGAUAUGGAGCUGCUGUCAACGCCGAACCAGCCGCUGUUUGCUGUACUUGUAAUCAAGGAGCCGCUGGACCACCAGGACCAGAAGGACCACCAGGAAAUGACGGAAAGGAUGGAAAGAGCGGAGAUGAUGGAAAGAACGGUAAAGAUGCUGAAGUAUUGCCAGCACCAGCUAGCGAACCAUGUGUUAUCUGCCCACCAGGACCACAAGGACCAAUGGGAGCUAUGGGACCAAAGGGACCACCAGGACCAAAGGGAUCACCAGGAGAGCCGCCACUCGACGGAAAAUCUGGAGAAGACGGUAUGGCUGGACAACCAGGACCAAUCGGAAGACCAGGACGCGAUGGAAUGAAAGGAGCACCAGGAGCUGCUGGACGUCUUAUUCCAGUUCCAGGGCCACAAGGACCACCAGGAAAACCAGGACCAGCUGGACCACCAGGACCAAAGGGAAAUCCUGGACCAGACGGACAAUCAUACCAAGGGCCACCAGGACCACCAGGAGAUUCUGGAACUCCAGGAUCAGAAGGACGUCCAGGACCAAAUGGACCAGCUGGACCACCAGGAGACGAUGGAGACAAGGGAGAUUGUGGACAUUGCCCACGUAAGUUAUGACAAAAAAUUUCAGACAAAUUUUGGAAAAAAAAUUCUUCUGAAAUUUGAAAACCAAAAAUUUCAAUUUUUACCUAUAUAUAACUUACCUUAUUUUCAGCACCACGUACCCCACCAGGCUAUUAA